UUUAUAAACGUAAUCGCAGCGGGGGCGUUUUAUUAGGGGAAGCAAAUUGAAUUGAAUGGCACCGGUUCUCAUUUGCUGGAGGAGCCGUAGUUGUUGUUGUGGCCAUAUAGCAUUUGGAGGUAACCAUUAGCAUUCCAUUCCUCCCUCCUCGGUAGAUUCGUCUCGUCGCCUUCCUCCUUGCCUCCUGUCUCUCCUGCUCCUCUCCUUCCGGUCUGCAUGGAGCCAGGUGCGCCGUGGCGCGAUCCGCGCCAGGGGUAUGCCUACGGGCUCGGAUCAGCGAUACAGCUGCCGCUGCAGCAGCAGCAGCGGUCCGACGCGGUCGCCGCGGGAGGUGUGCUCAAGCGGAGCCUAGGCGAGCUGGAGAGGUGGCAGCACCAGCAGCAGCACCAGGUGGCGAUGCAGCAGGAGCUCUACCUCCGCGCCGUGAGGCAGCGCACGGCUGCAGCGGUGGCCGUCUCGCCGCUCACCUCGGCGCACAUCGCCGCCGUGCUAGGCGGUACCCCGACUCAUUCUUUGGUUCUCCCCGGGUCUAGCUUCGGAGGGGCCCUCGCGUCGCCCUCGUCGACGCUGUCGUCUCUCACGACCGCGUCCAGGUCGGCGGUGCCGUUGAUGCAGCCGCAGCUGCAGCGGCAGGUGCCGCUCGUGACGUCUUCGUUGCAGACGCAGACCCUCGGUGUGUCGAGGGCAUCGGUUCCUUCGGCGACAUCGAGCGAGCUGUUCAUUUUGCAGGAGCUGGAGAAGCGGCUGCUAGGCGACGACGACGAGCCUGUGGCGGCGAUGAGCGGGACGGGCUCCGCCGUGACCAAUUCAGAGUGGGAGCAAACGAUACAGCAGCUUACCUCCAUCACCGCCGCGCCGUCGCCUGGGCUCCCUGCAACGGCGACCCCAAAAAAUAAUACCAACGCGGUGAUGACGGGGUCGCCAUCGAACUCGUCCUCCUCCACGGCGUCUUCGUCUGCGUCCUGCUCGCCGCCGACCCCUGGGACCGCAUCGCGGCAGCUACUAUCCGAAGCCGCGGUUGCUAUCGCCGACGGCAACCUUGAAACGGCGGUCACUCAUCUGGCCGCUAUCAAGCGCGUGGCCAACCAGCACGGUGACGCGGAGCAGCGGCUGAUUGCCAUGAUGGUGGCCGCUCUGUACUCCCGCAUUGCUCCGUCCGCCUCCGCUCAAGCUCAACACGUCGCCGAGUUCUGCGGCGCCGAGCAACGCGCCGGGUCGCAACUCCUCCACGACAUCUCCCCCUGCUUCCGCCUCGCCCUCCACGCCGCCAACGUCGCCAUCGUCGAAGCAGUUGGCGACCACCGCGCCGUCCACCUCGUCGACUUCGACGUCAGCGCCCCUCAGCACGCGGCCCUCAUCCAGUACCUCGCUGACCGCCGCGUGCCGGGAACCUCCCUGAAGGUCACCGCCGUCACCGACCCGACCUCACCGUUCACGCAGUCUCUAACUGCAACGCUCCCCACCGUUGGGGAGCGGCUCAAGAAGCUCGCGGAGCGAGCCGGCAUAGAGUACCGCUUUGAAGUGGUCAGCUGCAGAGCAGCAGAGCUGGAUGCUUCCAAGCUGGGCUGCGAGCCCGGGGAGGCACUGGCCGUCAACCUGGCCUUGGCGCUCUCGCACGUUCCCGACGAGAGCGUCUCUCCGGCGAACCCCCGCGACGAGCUCCUCCGCCGGGUGCGCGCGCUGGGCCCGCAGGUGGUGACCCUCGUCGAGCAGGAACUGAACACGAACACGGCCCCGCUGGCCGCACGCUUCUCCGACGCGUGCUCGCACUACGGCGCCAUCCUGGACUCGCUGGACACGACGCUGGGGCGGGAGAGCGCGGACAGGGCCCGCGCCGAGUCUGCCCUGGCGAAGAAGGCGGCGAACGCGGUGGGCCGGGAGGGCCCCGACCGGCUGGAGCGGUGCGAGGUCUUCGGCAAGUGGCGCGCCAGGUUCGGCAUGGCGGGGUUCCGGCUGGUGGCGCUCGGCGCGGGCAUUGCGGACCAGGUCGUGGCCCGCGUCGGCCCGGCCCCUCCCGGGUUCACCGUGAAGGCGGAGAACGGCGUUCUCCGCCUCGGGUGGAUGGGGCGCGUGGUGACCGUCGUCUCCUCCUGGCGCUAGACCUGUGAAGCCGCCCGCGCGUGCCAUCAUUGCCGUUCACCAAAUCGUCCGUUACUUAAUUCGCGCUCUUUCUUUUCCCUUUUUUCGUUCUCUUUUUUUACCUUGAUUGGUGAUGAGUUUGUUAUUGAUCUGGUAAAAGCCUAGCUGUAGCGACUCAUAAUUCUUGGUAACUGCUCAUAGUAGUAUAUGGAAAAGAGUAAUUUUGUUGCCUGUUGCUUGAAGAAGAUAACAUUCUCUGCUGAUGAUUCAUUGUGAUCGUGGUUAGACUUGUACGGUGCUAGCAAGGAAAAUAAUCAUAUGAGACUUACCUAUUUGAGGGUUGGACCAAA